CUAAUUUGUUGGUUUUUAUUGGCUUUAUCAUUUCAGGUAAUUGAGAAUUGUGUUGCAGCUGCUGGCUUCAGCGUUGGAGAAUUUGCAGCUCUGGUUUUUGCUGGAGCCUUAGAUUAUACAGAAGCCUUGUAUGCAGUGAAAGUGCGUGCUGAAGCUAUGCAAAAGGCAUCAGAAGCUGUGCCAAGUGGGAUGCUAUCAGUUAUUGGUCACCGUGAGUCAAAUUACAACUUUGCCUGCCUGGAAGCUCGUGAACACUGCAAAUCAUUGGGUAUAGAAAGUCCUGUGUGUGAAGUUUCAAAUUACCUGUCUCCAGAUAGCAGAGUCAUUGCAGGACAUUUGCAGGCUUUGGAGUUCUUGCAAGAGAAUUCCCGAAAAUAUAAUUUUAAGCGAACAAAAAUGCUUCCAGUCAGUGGUGCUUUUCAUACAAGACUUAUGGAAUCAGCAACAGAGCCUUUGGCUGACGUUCUAAAAUCAGUUGAGAUACAGAAACCAUUCAUCUGUGUCUAUUCAAACGUAGAUAGCAAAAAAUAUAUGCAUUCAAAACAUAUUCAGCGUUUGUUAGUAAAGCAGCUUGUUUCACCUGUUAAGUGGGAACAGACUAUGCAUGCUAUAUAUGAAAGAAAACAAGGAGUAGAGUUUCCUUAUACAUAUGAAGUGGGGCCUGGGAAGCAGCUAGGAGCAAUCCUUAAAAACUGCAAUUUAAAGGCCUGGAAGCUCUAUAAACAUAUUGAUGUUUCAGAUGAGGAAGAAGAGGAAACAUAGUUUUGAAGGAAAAUCCACAAUACUUUUUUUCCCCUACAUACUUUUAACUGAUUUUAUCACUCCUGAAAGAGGCAGACGUGACAUCCCUGAAGACUAAGUGCCUCUAUCUUAUCCCCAGAAGAACUCAGCACACUCAGUUGCAACGCAAGGGUUUCCUUCCUCUCAUGAUGUGCCAGCAUGUGACAGACUUCACAUUGACUUCACUAUUCGUGAGGUUCAGCCAUUCAGCUUGUCUUUUCCUUCAGGGGCCAACAGUGAGGCCAGUUUACUAUUAAAUUUGUGCCCAGUCCUGCAAGCAAAUCCACACAUACAGGCCCUUUUAUCUUUAUGGAGUCAAGCUGAAGUCUUUUUGCUUGGGUCUAAUUGCAGAAUUAGGUCUUUUUAAUAGUAGUUUCUCAUGUGAACAUCUGUUAACUAGGAUCAAGAAUUCAUUUAGAUAAACUAUUGGUUUAUAACUUUCAGUCACGACUUUUGUUUUAUAAGUAUCUAAUCAGUGGAACAAAUAACUGAAAUGCUCUUUCUUUACAUUUUGUUUCCACAGGCAAAGCUUUUUUUUUUUUUGAGUCAAGUUAAAUUACUAAAGAUACAAUUUUCUUAAUGUUGAAUUAUUAAUAAAUUAUUUAUGAGGCUUUUCUCCAUGAAUUAGUAUCAUUGGUGUAGUAAUUACACUUAGUCCAUUUAUGGAAGAAAGUAUUUUCCUUCUGUUGGGCUCACUGUGUCUCAGAAUCAUUAUACAGGGUUUCAUUUCCUAAGUUGUCUAAGGUAGAUAUGACAUUUCACCUUAGCCACCCCUGUCAGUCAGAUUUACCAAAAUUCUCUACCACUAGAUAGGUGUAAAUAGUAGGUGUAAGUUUCCUGUCCUUAGCCAGUUAGUUAGUUCAUUGGGCCAAAUGACCCUUUGAACUUCCUUUAAGGAAGCAGAAAAAUAUCAACCUCUCUUUACCCUUGUGCUUAGUACAGAGUUGGAAGGUUAGGGCUAGAAAAUGUGCUACAGCCCUGAUCUUGAGUGUUUUGCCAUAGCAAUAGAAGAGGAAUUCAGGUGCAGUAGGAGAGGUAGGUCUCUCUAGCAACCCUAAAAUGAUCAUCCCAUUCUACUUGUGGUUUGGAGGUUACUAAGUUGAUGAAUAGAUCAUCUGGGUCCUCUAUGCCAGAGUUGCUCAACUUUUUUUUAAAGUACCCCUUCUACUACCUACAGUUUUCAGACCCACAAUUUUUUUUCUACCAUUGCAACACAUUUGUUUAAACAACUU